UGUAGGGGUAUCACACGGUGACAACACAAUGUACGUUAUAAAAACCCGAUAUGGAAAUCCACACGACAACGUCGAAGACGCCAAGUUAAUUCCAGUCAUGGUGAACAUGUGGUCGUCAUUUGUCAAAACAGGAGUUCCGGACGUAGGUAGCUCUGCAGUAUGGUCACCGGUGUCAAAAAACCCUUCAGAUCCAUUAAAAUUGAUUAAGAUCACACAGAAUCAAACAUUCGAACAGCAAGAAUACUCAAAUCCCGGCAACCAUAAUUUCUGGAGCACGUUGCCGAUAACUGAGUAUCACGCAUAACCUAACCGUUAAUCCGUCGAAAACCAUAAACCGCAACAAAUUAUAAGGAAAUCAGAAAAAAAGCACCUAUUACCAUUAGAUAAUUUUACUGAUUUAGUUUAUGCUUUAAAAUUAGAUAACUAUCUACAAGGUAGAAAAAUAAGUCAAAACCAAAAUAAAAAUAUGUUAUUUGUGUUA